UGAAUGUAAAUUAUAUAAUGAUGAGAACACAGCACUCAAGAUCCAUAAUGGCGAAUCCUUAAUUCCUUGGAAAAAUCACGAUGAACAAGCAUCGUUAUUGAUGGACAGAUUUGAUGUGCGUCAUUUGAUUGAUAAUCUUGAUGAUCUUUGUGACAUUGCUGAAUUACCAAAUAAAAAUUUUGAACAAAUGUUGGACCUUGAACGAUAUGCUGAUCUUUAUCAACAAAAUACAGAAGAAGAGCAAAAAUACUGCAGCUAUACCAUACAAAUACGACGAAAAUUCUUAUAAUGAAAUACAACGAACAAUACUUACAAAAUAUAAAACACCUUCAUCAAUGAUUAUUCCUGCAACAGAGGAGCAAAUGUCUAUUAUAGAACAAGUAGCAAAACAUGCUAAUUCAGCAAAAGAUUCUAAUUUAUUUGAGAUUCAGGUGCAAGUAAAAAAUUCAACAAAUAGCUUAUACUCUUUCUUAAAUAAGCAAGAUCCACUUUAUUCAUUUUAUAAACACGUACAGUGGUUAAAUCGAUUAGGCAAUUAUUAUAGCAGUGACAGUGAAGAAGAAGAAGAAGAUAAGGGGAUAAAUAUCCCAUCACUCGAAACCCAGCAAAUAAUUGAUAAAACUGCAAAAUAUAUCGCAAAAUCAAGCAACGGUGCUGAACUAGAAAAACGAUUAAAGGAAAGAAAAAACCAUGAUCCCAAGUUUGGUUUCAUACAUCCUGAUCAUUUAUAUCAUUCUUUUUAUAAAUCUAAAAUUAAAGAAUAUAAGGAUACAUGUAAAUAGAGGAUUAAAGCCAAUUAUAACCAAUAAAAAAAAAGAAGCCAAAUGCAUACUUUUAUUGCUAUUCUCAUUUAGUAUUAGCAAAUCAUGCAAAGAAGAAAAAAAAAAAAGAAAAAAAAAACUGCUCCUGUUGAAUGAAUGUGCUAUUCUUAGCCCGGCUUCUUUAGCUGUGAAUUAUGAAUAUCUGUUAUUACAUAUAAUACAUUAUACAUUUACCUUGGCGCUCAAGGCGAUUUACC